GAAACCCGUAUGCACUUCCCUCUUUAAAAAGCAAUCCAAACGGAUCCUGGCGUGGUUUGAAAUUUGGAAAGCGUCGAGGAGAAAAGGAGUAGAAUGGGGAAGAAGAAAAGGGUCCCUGAGGUGUUGUGGAGGAAAUACGGCAGCAAAGCUUCCACUCUCCGCCGUACUAUCUCGAGACUCCUAAGCCCCAACCACCAGUCUCUGCCUCUGCUCGCCGCUGAUGACCCCCCUGACUAUCGCUACCUUUUGAACCACUGCUUCGUCGUCAUCUCCGACAAUGCCUCUCCUUCUCCUCCUCCUCCCUACAUCUCUCGCUGGUCUCAAUCUCAGAUUGUGCGGAUGAGUGUUGAAACCAUGUUAUCUCAACAUCGACUUGAUCGUCAGCAAAAUGUUUUAUGCUAUGACUACGACAAGUAUACACAUUCAAGUCCAGUCAUAAGCUUAUUAACAUCUCCCACUUGGACUCUUCUUUCCCAAAGGCUCGGAGAUGCUAUCAUGUUUUAUUUACUCAAAUCGACUUGUAUCUUUCUGCCUCUUGGACGUAAUAAAUACCAUCAUGUUACUGGCUUUCCCAUGACUCAGUCAGUCUUUAAGUGUCCCAAGCGUACCCAUGACCCGCCAGUUUCCUCAAAAAAGAGGAAAAGGAUUGAUGUUGAUUCAACAUUGAUGACAUCUAAUGCUGAUUCUUUGGAUGCUCAUGCUUUCUCAAGCUGUUUUGGAUGUGCUCGUCCAACUUAUUCUACUCCCUCCAGCCCCCCUCACGCUGAAUGUCGCAGUGAGACAAGUGUACAUGGAACUCAAACUACAGCCGGUGCAGCUUACACAUAUAAUGGAGGGUUGUCGAUUGGUGAAUGUCCAGCAACAACAACCACCAGCAUGCCAAAUAAGAAGAAGCAUUCAAAGGCAUCUAAGUGGCAGCGGGAAAAAAGACGUAAGUUGUUGGCUUCGGAUGAGGCCUGUAAUGUAUGCCCAGAAGUCAAGUCCUUUAGCAACAAAGAUAAUAAUGGGAAGCGGUCAAGGCAAUACAGGUGGCAGCGCCACCAAAAACGUAGAUUAGAGUCCUCUCAAGAGGCAUCGAAUCUGUCUCAAUGCCCCAAACAGAACACAAACGGUGAUCUGCUCACAGAUCCUAAAAAGGUUACGUGCUCUUGUUGUUCCGUCUUCCAAUGCAUGCAUAAAGUCCGUAGAUCUCAAAUUGACAGGCAAUCAAUGUUCUAUAAGUUGGAAAAUGCAUCAGGUUUUCCGAGCAAAUACAUGUUGAAUUCCUUGAAACCCAAUCUAUAUGAUGCAAAUAUUCUAUUCAAGAAUAUAUUUGGGGUAUCCGAUGCCAAUAUCAAUUCUCAAGCAACGUGCUGCUUCCACAGCAAUCAUAGUUGUAUCACUGGAUCCAAAUGUUUGUAUCACUCACUUCUUAAGCAUCUUAAAGAACUUAUACGCAAGGCUCACUUGUGCCAACAUGGAAGCUUUUUAGAAAAGCACUGCGCCGUGCCAUCUUUUGAUCAAUAUCCUUGCGAAUACACCAGCUCCGAAGUUGUGAAGGGAGAAGUGGACAGAGGGCAAGUGAACAUGAGUGUGUGGGUGGGAGAGAGUGAUGUGGUUGGGAAGAGUGGGAAGAAGGGUAAGAGAAGUCAGAAGAUUGAGAAAGGCGGGGAGGAAGAGGUACGUGAUCAUCUGGAUGUGGAAGAAGGUGGAAUUGUAAAGAGUGGGAAGAAGGGGAAGAGAAGUAAGAAGAAAGAGAUGGAUGGGGUGGAAGAGGAAACUGAUCGUAUGGAUGUGGUAGAAGAUGGAAUUGGAAAUAGUAGGAAGAAGGGGAAGAAGAAAGAGAUGGAUGGGGUGGGAGAGGUAAUGGAUUGUCUGGAUAUGGAAGAAGAUGGAAUUGAAAAUAGUAGGAAGAAGGGGAGGAAAAGUAAGAAUAAAGAGAUGGAUGGGGUGGGAGAGGUAACUGAUUGUAUGGAUGUGGAAGAAGAUGGAAUUGGAAAGAGUAGGAAGAAGGGGGAGAAAAGUAAAGAGAAGGAUGGGGCGGAAGAGAUGAAUGAUCAGACUAAUGUGGAAAACGAUCGAAACUUGGAAUCUACAGUAGAAAAUAAGAAAAAGAAGAAUAAGGGAAAUGACAUGGUUGCUGGCGGGGAAUCAAUGACUGAUCCUCAAGAUAAAGAAUAUAAAGUUGAAAAACGGAAGAAGAAGAAGAAAACAAAAACCUUUGAGAAUCAAGAUGCAUUAAAUAAGAAGACUGAAACUGAAGCUAAAGAGAGGAACAACAUUGCAGGGAAUGUGGAGAAGAAGAAAAAGAAGAGGAAAAGGACGGUGGAAGAAGAAGAUGAUAAUGACAAAGGACAGACGAAUGGUUGCUAUGGAGAAGAUCAUGUAAAUUCUUUACCUGAUGACAAUGGUAUGGUUACUAUAGGGAAGGUUAAGAUGAUGGAGAAGAAGAAGAAGCGGCAGAGGAAGAAUGAGGAAAUAACGGAAAAGGACGGGCUUUUAAGUAAGGCAAAAGAUAAUGAAACCACGAAUGUUUCAGGAAAGGAUAAGACCAAGUCAGUAAAUAAGGAUCCUGAAAAUCCUAAAUCAAAAGUAAAGAAGAAAGUUAGGUUUUCUAAUGAUUUAGAGGUUUUUCCAUCUAAUAGCCUAGUUCAAGGUAAGAGAUUCACUCCGGAAGAAGAUGAGAAGUUGAGAGCAGCUGUUAAAGAGUAUAUACAGUCACAUUGCUUAGGUGAAAAAGGUGUGGAAAUGGUCAUGAAUUGUAUUUCUCACCGACAAGUAAGGAACUGUUGGAAUGAAAUAAAUAAAGCGUUACCAUAUAGGCCUAAAUCAGCGAUAUAUUGCCGUGCUCAUACAUUGUUUGAGAGAGGUGAGACACAUGAAUGGACUGAAGAAGAAAAAGAAAUGCUUCUGGAACAGUAUAAAAAGCAUGGUAACAAUUGGAAGCUGAUGGCUAAAGAAUUUAAGAGACAUAGACUUCAGGUGAAGGAUACAUAUCGUAGAAUAAAAAGGGAACGAAAUAGAGGACAUUGGUCCCAAGAAGAAUACCAAACCUUGUUUGACAACGUGAAUAUUGAUUUGCGAGCUAAGCUUGAUGAAGAGAAGAAAUCGAAGCAUGGAAUGUUACGAGAUAAUAUAUGUUGGACUGCAAUCAGUGACAAAUUGUCAACUAGAGCCGACUCACUUUGCUGUAUGAAAUGGUACAAUCAGUUAACAUCUCCUAUGGUUGCUCAGGGUAUAUGGGCUGAUUCUGAUGAUUACCGUCUGCUUGAUGCACUUUUUAACUUAGAUGCAUGCUGCAUAGAGGAUGUAGAUUGGGAUGACCUGAUGGAUCAUAGGUCUGGUGAUGUAUGUAGGAAGCGUUGGGACCAAAUGGUGCUUCACAUAGGCUUACAUGGGGUCAAGUCUUUUUCUGAGCAAGUUGAAGUUCUGGCAAAGCGAUACCGUCCAGAACUAACUGAAGCACGGGAGGCUUGGGACAGCAAACCUUUGGUCCCAUGACAUAGCAGACAGUUAUAUACUGCACAAAUUACUUCUCUGGAUAUGACAAAGCCUGAGAUGGAGCUAGUAGAGCAAGAUCCAGAUUUCAUAGCACUGUUCCUCCAGUUCAAAGCUUCUGCGAUGGACCUUAUCUCUGUUCUUGAGCAG